GACACCAUUUUACCGUUAUUGUGCAUACAUCGCAGUCGAACAAAAUGUUUCUCGUUUUUGUGCUCAUUGUGACUGUGCUUGGGCUGCUGCUGAUAGAUUCGCGAAAACCGAAACAUUUUCCACCAGGGCCACGUUGGUUACCUUCAAUCGGCAAUCUUUUUUUGGUGCACAAAUUACGUGCAACAUAUGGGUUUUUCUAUUUGGUGUGGCAUCAUUUUUACCAAAGCUAUGGACCGGUAGUCGGAAUACGCAUCGGUCGAACUUUUUUAGUGAUAGUCUUGGGCAGAGAUGCGAUACGCGAGUUUUACAACAUGGAUUCGGUAAAUGGCCGACCAAUUGGAUUUUUCUAUCGUAUUCGAACUUUCAAUAAGCGAUUGGGUGUUGUAUUCAAUGACGGUGAUUUUUGGGACAUUCAAAGAAAGUUCUCAUUAAAAGUACUACGCCAAAUGGGCAUGGGGCGUGCCAAUAUGAUUGAACAAAUUGAAAGCGAAUGCAUCGAAAUGGUUAAAUUUUUUACAAAAAAAUCAACAAAUGAUCAACUAAUUGAAAUGCAACACGCUUUCGACAUUCCCGUGUUGAACAUUUUGUGGACAUUGAUCGCUGGAUAUAGGUUCGAACACGAUGACGAACGUUUGCAAAAGCUUCUAAAAAUGAUUCAUGAGUGCUUUCGAGUGGUUGAUAUGACUGGUGGUAUUCUGAACCUAUUACCAUGGGUAAGAUACUUUAUUCCAGUUAAAUCGGGCUAUAAACCAUUAGUUGACAAUCACAAGCAACUGUGGAGCUUCUUGCGUGAGGUGGUUAAUGAAACCAGGGCAAAAAAUUCUAACGAACGACCCAAAUCUUUUAUCAACUCAUAUUUGGAAGAAUUGGAGAGCAAAUCCAACGGGGAAAAUAUACAUGGUUCAUUUUCUGAUGAACAGCUGUUAUCAAUUUGCUUAGACUUCUUUCAAGCAGGUACGGAGACUACAAGUAAUACGCUUAGUUUUGGUCUAAUGUACAUGGUUCAUAAUCGGCGAGUUUGUGAUCAAGUACAAGCUGAAUUAGACGCAGUAAUUGGACAAAAACGAUUUCCCAAUUUGCAAGAUCGUAAUCAUUUGCCAUAUGUGGAAGCAGUUCUAUCGGAGAUACAAAGAUUUUCGAAUGUAGCGCCGUUGGGCAUAGCUCAUCGUACCACGGAAAAUACCCAAUUCAAAGAGUACGUUAUCCCAAAAGACACUGUAAUAUUGAUGUCACUAUACAGCGUUAACAUGGACAAAGAUUAUUGGCACGAUCCGGACAUCUUCAGACCUGAACGCUUUUUAAAUGAAAACGGAGAAUAUAUACCUCAUACAGAGCAGUUUCUUCCAUUUGGUUUAGGCAAGCGACGUUGUAUGGGCGAAAACUUGGCCAAAGCUAGCUUAUUCUUAUAUUUUGCAACAUUUAUGCACGCAUUCAACAUGAUUGUACCGAAUAAUGUAUCACUACCGAAUAUCAAACCAAUUGAUGGCAUAACGCUACAACCAAGACCAUUCAAACUUCAAUUGAAACCAAGAUUUUAGACUGAUAGCCAACAAAUUUAACAUUUCAAUAUAAUGAAUAAUC